AUGGCGGGGUCUGCGGGAUUCGCGUUGUCUGCGAAGUCAACUGGCGAGUCUGCUCCGCCUCUACUUCGCGUCGUCCCUCCUUCCCCGCCUCUUCAUUCCUCAGCGAUUGCUCCAACGGGUCAAGCUGGGAAUUCGAUUCCCCCUCCCCAUCGUCUCGUCGGUUUGCGUUGGUGCGGAGCUUUGCUAGCACCAAAUGGUGUCGCCCGGUCGAUUCUCCUCGACCCAGCGGAGAUCCUCCGCCAAAGCCCUCGUCCUCUUUCGUACCCUGCUCCUUACGAAACUUCCAACAUUCAAUUAGAGGUUGCAACAGAAUUGGGGUUGUUCUCGAAGUAG